GCUAGGCGGCUGGGUGUGGGCCGGGUUUGGGGUAGACAUCCGAGAGUUUAAAGGGCCGGGGUCAGUUGAUCGACUCCAACCCGCGUCCUGGGGGCCAGGGUCGUGACCGCCGCGAGGGAGAGAUGAUUGAAGAGGGACCCGGUAUAGUGCCCUUGGGCAAACCCAGGACACCGCGAAUGCUGCGAUUAUGGGGAAUCUGUAGGGUUCAGAUAUUUUCCGCGAUCUUCCUGCUGCUGUUGUCUCCUGCAGGAGUCGGGGCCGGAGCAGAGGAUGACUUCAAUCUGGUUCAUCCACUUGUGACCAUGGAGCAACUGCUGUGGGUGAGUGGGAAGCAGAUCGGCUCCGUGGACACCUUCCGAAUCCCUCUCAUCACCACCACUCCUCGGGGCACUCUCCUCGCCUUUGCUGAAGCCAGAAAAAUGUCCACAUCGGAUAAAGGAGCUAAAUUCAUAGCUCUGCGGAGGUCUAUGGACCAGGGCAGCACAUGGUCUCCAACAGCUUUCAUUGUGGAUGAUGGGGAGACCCCAGAUGGGCUGAACUUGGGGGCAGUGGUGAGCGACACGACGACAGGCGUGGUCUUCCUUUUCUAUUCCCUCUGUGCUCAUAAGGCUGGCUGCCAGGUGGCCUCUACCAUGCUGGUGUGGAGCAAGGAUGACGGUGUUUCCUGGAGCUCGCCACGGAACCUCUCCCUGGAUAUAGGCACCGAGAUGUUCGCCCCAGGACCGGGCUCUGGCAUUCAGAAACAGCGGGAGCCUCGGAAGGGCCGGCUCAUCGUGUGUGGACACGGGACGCUGGAGCGCGACGGGGUGUUCUGCCUGCUCAGCGAUGACCACGGCGUCUCCUGGCGCUAUGGAGGUGGGGUCAGCGGCAUCCCCUAUGGCCAGCCCAAGCGGGAAAACGACUUCAACCCUGACGAGUGCCAGCCCUACGAGCUCCCCGACGGCUCAGUUGUCAUCAACGCGCGGAACCAAAACAACUACCACUGCCAUUGCCGCAUCAUCCUCCGCAGCUACGACGCCUGUGACACCCUGAGGCCUCGGGAUGUGACCUUUGACACGGAGCUCGUGGACCCUGUGGUAGCUGCAGGGGCUGUAGCCACCAGCUCUGGCAUUGUCUUCUUCUCCAACCCAGCCCAUCCAGAGUUCCGAGUGAACCUGACCCUGCGCUGGAGCUUCAGCAAUGGUACCUCCUGGAGGAAGGAGACGGUCCAGCUGUGGCCGGGGCCCAGUGGCUACUCAUCGCUGACCGCCCUGGAGGGCAGCGUGGGUGGGAAGGACCAGGCCCCACAACUCUACGUCCUGUAUGAGAAAGGCCGGAACCAGUACAUGGAGAGCAUCUCUCUGGUCAAAGUCAGCGUCUACGGAACACUGUGAACUGUGCACCUCCCAUGGGGGCAGAGGGCCCUGAACUGAGCCUCAGGACCGUGGGUCUGCUGGAGGAGCCUAGAGGACUGUUCAACCUUCCUUUCAACUCUAGCCUUUUGCAAAAUCAACUUAUCUUUGACAGGGAGAUCAUUCCUUUAAGACUAAAAACCUGGCUUCUCCCACCCAGGAGGAGCUGCCCGUACCUGGGAGCUCUUCCCUUCCCCAUUGUGCACUCCCUGCCCUUUCUGCCCUCCUGGGACAAUGACUGGUCCUUUUCUUGGGCAGGGCUAGGUGGGCCUGUAGCAUUAAAUAAAUGUGAACUCAGGGAACUGGGGAAGACUUACCUCUUUGGGGUAAAAUACUGGUUUUGGAGAGGGUUGGUGAAAGCUCUAGGAGGGCAGGACAUUUGGCUUCAAGAAAGGAUGAGGGGCACCAUGCACUUUGACUAUUUAUGAAUCAAAAUGUUUAUAACAACAUUU